UAUUAUCAUUAUCGGUUAUAUAUAUAAAAAUUUUUUUUUUUUUUCGGUGCUAAUUCAUCGUCGUGGUGUAGUAUAUGUACAUUGCAUAGCUAUAUUAUCUGUGUGUCCGUGUGUGUGACUGAUAUGAUUGAGAAAGAAUUUCUUGUUUGUUUGUUUGUUUGUUAUAGACGACUACUCGCCGUGUUUGUGUUUCAUUAAUUCUUUUUUUUUUAGUUCACUCUACCUAAUUCACACACACACACACACAUGGAACUAGAGAAUUGAUUCUGUAUAGUCAAAACUGUGAACCUGAAUAAUCCAAUGAAAAGAAUUUUUUGUUUUUUUGUUUUUUUAUGUCAAUACAAUAUACUUGCCGUCCGAUCAUUUUAAUUUUAGAGCUUGUGAUGUUUGUUUUGUUUAUUUAUUCUGGUUCUGAUUCUGAUUCUGAUCUCAAACACUUUAAAAUUCUUUCUCAGCAUUUGUUUUGUUUUUCGUCAUGAUUCUUUAGUUUGUUUUCAAUCAUCAUCAAUAUAUAUAAAUGAAGAAUCAAUGCAAUAAACGACAACAACUGAAACCACUGAAAUCGUAGACAAAUGCAGCAAAUAAUCGGAGAAAAAAAUCGAACAAAUUGAUGUGAUUGGAUUUUUAUUUGUCUGCAUGAAUUCCACACACACACACAAACGCAUCGACCAAUUCAUGGCAAUGAUCAUUUGGGGAAAUUCUAACGACUACUGGCUAAUAAGAAUCGGUGGAAAAAACAAACCAAAACAAAACAAAACACGCCAUUCUUUUAUUGAUCGAAAAAAAAAUCGACAUAUCACUGUGAAAAAAUCGAAAUUUUUGUUUUAUGCUGAGUGAUUCUCACAAUCGUUCGUAGACAACAGAUGCCUUAAAUGUUUUUUUUGGUUGUUAAUCAUAAAUGUGAAAAAUUAAAAUAAAAACGAAAAAAAUGCCUAAAACAUCAUUGAAAAUACAUUUUACUGGUGGUCCAGAAUCGCCUGAAAUUGUCAAAAAAAUUCAAUUGGAUUCAUCGUUAAAGGUGAAAAAAGCUAUUGAAGAAAUUUAUUCAAAACAAAAUGAUCGCCGUGCACAAAUGGGUAAAAGUACCGAUUAUGCAUUGUAUUUUUUCAAAGAAGAAAAUGGAAUCAAAACUGGAUUCUGGCUUGAUCCAGAACGUGAACUACAAUAUUAUCUAUUACGUGAUGAUGAUAAUGUUGAAUUUCGUAAUAAAAUGAGGCCAUUAAAAAUCCGAUUAUUGGAUGAAUCAAUAAAAACAAUAAAUGUUGAUUCAAGUCAAAUAAUUGAAAAUCUAAUGCCAAUUAUUUGCGAUAAAUUAGGUGUGGCCAAUUAUGAAGAAUAUUCACUUUGUCGUGAAAUGGAAAAUAAUGAAAAUUUUGAAAAUAUGAAUGGAACAAUGAAUGGUGUUACCGGUACUGGUGGUGGUGGUACAUUGAUGCGUAAUACAUUGCGUAAAAAUAAGGAUCAAAAAAUGGAACAAUUAAAACGUAAAUUAAAAAUCGAUGAUGAUAUGAAUUGGAUUGAUCAUAUGAAAACAUUGGACGAACAAGAUAUUGGUCCGAAUACGACGUUGAUAUUUCGUCGGAAAUAUUUCUAUUCAGAUCAAAAUAUUGAUUCACGUGAUCCGAUGCAAUUACAUUUAUUGUAUGUACAAACACGUGAUGCCAUCAUUAAUGGUACACAUCCGGUGACAAUGGAACAGGCAUGUGAAUUUGCCGGCAUUCAAUGUCAAAUUGAUCAUGGUGAUUAUGUGGAAACUAAACAUAAAUCUGGAUUUCUUGAUCUAAAAAAUUAUCUACCAAGAGAUUAUGGUAAACAAAAAAAUGCUGAAAAACGAAUAUUCAUUGAACAUAAAAAUCAUCGUGGCCUUAGCAAUGUUGAAGCCAAAGUUCGUUAUGUAACCAAAGCAAGAUUAUUGAAAACAUAUGGUGUUACAUUUUUUUUGGUUAAAGAAAAAAUGCAAGGUAAAAAUAAAUUAGUACCACGAUUGUUGGGCGUCACUAAAGACAGUGUAUUACGGUUGGAUGAAAAAACUAAAGAAAUAUUGAAAACAUGGCCAUUAACAACAGUGAAACGAUGGGCACCAACACCGAAUAGUUUUACAUUGGAUUUUGGUGAUUAUUCAGAUAGCUAUUAUUCAGUACAAACAACCGAAGGUGAACAAAUUUCCAAAUUGAUUGGUGGCUAUAUUGAUAUAAUUUUACGACGUAAAAAAGCCAAAGAUCAUUUUGGUAUCGAUGGUGAUGAAGGUUCGGCAAUGAUUGAAGAUAGUGUAUCACUCAAAGCAACCAUUAUGCAACAUCAACCGGAUGCUAAACCAUCGAAACCGAUAAUUGAAGAUGUUGCCAUUCCUGGUAUUAUUCGUACUGGCGGUACUGGUGGUCCACAAGUUUUAAAAGUAGAUCAAAUACCUGAAGUAAAACAGAUACCAGUUGUACAAUCGCAAGCACCAUUAACACAAUCACCAGUAAUGGCUGCACAACAUCCAAAAUAUCUACAAACUGGUCUAUCGGAUCCACAACGUGCAUUGCUUGGCACUAUUGGUACUGGACAAGAUGCCGUACAGAAAGCAUUGAAUGAAUUGGAUUCAAAAGCCAUUAUACCUGAAUAUGGUCCUGAUUUAGGCUAUAAACAAGAUCAAUUAGAUGUGAAAAAAGAGACUGUUUCAUCACAGAUGGCCGCAUUGAAUGCAGCCACAGCCCAAGUUUUGACAUUGACUUCAGUACCCGAAGAAGAGGUUGAUCAUCCUGCUUUGGGUGCGGCUAUCAGUACAAUAACAACCAAUUUACCUGCAAUGGCUAAAGAUGUUAAAAUGAUUGCUGCAUUGACUGAUGAUCAUGAUCGUGGUGACAAAUUGAUUGAUGCGGCCAGAAAUUUAUGUAACGCUUUUUCAGAUUUAUUGAGAGCAGCCGAACCAUCGAAUAAUGUACCAAGGCAAAACCUGAUUACAGCGGCCAAUAAAGUGAGCGAUGCUACAUCGAAUCUUUUAUAUAACAUCGAUGAUGAUAAUAUUGAUAGAGAAGCAUCCGAUACAUUGCUUAGUUUAUCAAAACCGGUGGCUAAUGCAACAGCCAAACUGGUCCUAAAAGCCAAAGAUGUUGCAUCCAGAUGUGAUGAUCAAGCGGCUAAAAAUCGUGUUAUAAGCGCUGCAACACAAUGUGCUUUGGCUACAUCGCAACUGGUUUCUUGUGCCAAAGUGGUUGCUCCAACUAUUCAUAGUCCGAAUUGUCAGAAACAGAUUGUCGAUGCUUCAAAAGAGGUUAGUAAAGCAGUCGAUGGUAUUACUCGUGUAUGUCAUGAUUCGGUUCGUGAUCCCUAUCUAAAUGGUGAAGUCAAUCAAGCUGCCAAUGAAGUUAAUGAUGCUUUGAAUAAUCUAUUGAAUUAUGUCCGUUCAUUGGGCGCAACUGGACGUGGACAUCGACGACCAGGUGAUGAUGGUGCCGUAGACACCAUUUUGGAUGCCACUGAUCGUUUGUUUAGCAGUACUGGUGAUGCUUCCGAAAUGGUUAAACAGGCCAAAAUUUUGGCUCAAGCCACUUCACAAUUGAUACAGAAUAUCAAAGGUCAAGCCGAAACACAACCAGAUUCAGAUAUUCAAAAACGUUUGCUUUCAGCAGCAAAAAGUUUAGCCGAUGCUACAUCACGUCUAGUAGAAGCUGCUAAAGGAUGUGCCACAAAUCCAAACGAUUCAAAUUCACAGGCAGCAUUACGUGCUGCAGCAGAAGAUCUACGAAAUGCUACGAAUACGGCCGCCAGUAAUGCAUUGAAACAAAAACUAAUGAAUCGUUUAGAAUCUACAGCCAAAUACGCCACCGCUAUGGCCACACAGAAUAUUGCUGCAGUACAUGGAUGUGCUCCAUAUAAUCAGAAUGCGCAUAAUCAAAAUGAAAUGAAUCAAAUGUGUCGUGAAGUGAAUGGAACUAUUCCGCCGGUGGUCAGCAGCAUCAAGGCCUAUCACAAUGAGCCAAACAAUUCUGGCAAACAGUCUCAAUUGAUAAAUGCAUGCGAAAACUUUAUGGGUCCUGCUCUUCGAUUGGCUAAUGUUUCGUUAUCAUCGUCGCCAACUAUAACGGAUAAGUCGGCCUCCAUCCAAUUGACACAGUCCGCCCAGCAAUUGGCUGAAGCAUUAUCAGAAUUACGAAGCUGUUUGAAUAAAGCAUCAGAAGCAUGUAGUUUCGCCAAUGAAAUCAAUGCAGCAAUCGACAAUAUUCGUCAAUUGAAUAUUGAACUAUCUGAAUGUCGUAUGGCUGCAUUGAAACAUGCAUUGAAACCAUUGCCUGGUGAUAAUUUUGAUCAUUGUUCGUCGCGUUUGAAUGCGGCAUGUAAAUCGGUUGCAUCGGCUAUGGCACAAUUGUUGAGCGCCACAUCACAAGGUGAACAAAAUUAUAUUGGCACAGCAUCACGUGAGGUGACUAGUUCAUUGAAAAAUUUGACCAGCGCUGCUCGUGGUGUGGCAGCCACAGCAUCCGAACGUGAUGUACAAAUGCAAGUGUUAGAUCAUUCGAAUCAGAUACUCGAAUUGUCUAUAACAUUGUUCGAAGAGAUUCGUUGGGCAUUGGAAAAUUGUCAGGAUUCUGAUCGACAUCAACGAUUGACAAACAUAGCCAAGUCAUUAUCGUCAGCAUUACAAAACUGUGUCAUUUGUUUGCCAAGUCAUAAAGAUGUCGAUGAUUCUAUUCGUGCCAUCAAUGAUUCAACACGUACAUUAAGCUAUGAUAAUCAUUAUUCACAUAAAUCAUAUGCUGAACUACAGAAUGAUAUUUCUAAUGCUGCAACUAGUUUGAAUGAAGCCACAUCUGAAGUGAUUGAAUCGUCACGUUCACCGUCCAAGUUGGCACCAGCAUCGAAAAACUAUGCCAAUCAUUAUUCAAAUUUGUUCCAAUUGAGCAAUGAAAUUUCAGGUCAAACAAAUGACAAUGCUGUUAAACAACAGAUCAUGUCAUGCUUGGAAGAGCUAUCAUCAUCAUCAAGCCGAUUUUUGUCGUCAGCCAAAACUGUUUCGGCCGAUCCGAAUGCACCGAAUUCAAGCAGUCAAUUGGCUACAGCUGCACGUGCCGUUACACAAAGCAUUAGUAAUUUGCUUGAUGUAUGUUCAUUAUCGGCUCCUGGCCAAAAAGAAUGUGAUCAAGCUAUUCAAAAUAUUCAAAUGAUGCGAUCAUAUCUGGAUAAUCCAAGUGUUCAGCUAAAUGAUUCAACAUAUUUUGAAUGUUUAGAAUUGGUGACGGAAAAAAGUCGUCGUUUAGGCGAUGCUAUGACUGGCAUUGCUAACUAUGCUCGUCGUAAUGAACAUGAAAAUUUUGGUGAAUCCGUUAAAGAUGCUUCGGAUUCGGUUUGUGGUCUUUUGGAAGGUGCCGCUCAAGCCGCAUAUUUAGUUGGUGCUUCCGAUCCAACCAGUGUGGCUGGCCGUCCUGGUAUUAUUGACAUUAAUCUAUUGAAUCGAAGUCAAGAAACAAUCCAUAAUGCUUGUGCACAAUUAACAUCACCGAAUGCAACCAAAGAUCAGAUAAUACGUUGUGCAACUGAUAUUGCUAAAUCCACAUCUAAUCUAUGUAAUGCAUGUCGUAUUGCAUCGGCAAAAACACAGAAUUCAUAUCAUCGAAAGAACUUUGUUCAAUCAGCCAAAGAUGUUGCCAAUGCAACAGCAACAUUGAUCAAAGAGAUCAAACCAUUGGAAGAAUCCAGCGCACAACAUGUGAAUGAAAAUUGUCGACUUGCCACACGACCAUUGCUCGAAUCGGUCGAUAAUUUGGUUUCAUUUGCAAACAGUCCGGAAUUUGCAUCUGUACCGGCACAAAUCAGUCCAAAAGCACGUCAAACACAACAACCAAUCACCACCUAUGGUAAAGCAAUAAUCGAUGCUUCAUCCAAUAUGAUUAUGUCGGCCAAAACUUUGGCUGUCAAUCCAAAAGAUCCACCUGGUUGGCAAACAUUGGCUAAUCAUAGUAAAAAUGUUAGUGAUUCAAUCAAAAAACUUGUCACAUCCAUUAAGGAUGCUUCGCCUGGUCAAAAUGAAUGUGAUGAUGCGUUGGAAAAAUUGGGCUCAUGUAUCAAAAAAUUGGAUCAAUCAUCAUUGGAUGCAAUCAAUAAAGUGCUUCAAGUUCGUAAUGAUAAUACACCGAAAGGAUUCCGUGAAGCAGUUAGUGCUUCAUUAUCGGAAAUCAAAGAAAACAUUGAUCCAGUUCGUGUGGCCGGAAAAUCGAAAGCAGAAAAAUUGGGACAUGCUAUAACACAAUUGAUUAAUUAUUUUGAUCUAUUGACAUCCAAUUCAAUUGGUUAUGCAUCGAAAAUACCAGAUGAUAAACAACAGAAUCAAAUUUUAGACAAAUCAAAAGGUGUAUGUGAAAGUGCAUUACAAUUAAUAUAUACGGUAAAAGAAUGUGGUGGCAAUCCAAAAGCAACAUCAUUGCAUGCCGAAAUUGAAGAUUCAAGUGCCGAUAUGAAAAAUGCUAUAAAGAAUUACGAAAAUCUAAUGCAAUCAGCCGCAUCAGAAGAAGGACAUGUUAACAGUAUUGUUGAACAAUUGACAAAAUCAUUGACACGAAUCGAAGAACGAUCAUAUGCAUAUUCGAAUGGAUCCAGUCCGGAUAAUCUUUCCUAUGUGGACUAUCAAACAAGAAUGGUAGCCUGUGUCAAAGAAAUUGCAAGAAUAGCACAAGAUAUGAGUGCUAAAUCUGCAACCCAAGUAUCACAACUUGGUGCUUUAUGCACAAGACUAUCCGAAAAUUAUGCUAAUUUAGCAAAUGACGUCAAUGGUAUUGCUGCUGCCACAAAUAAUAUCGAGACUGCAUCACGUAUUAAAAGUAGUGUACAAGAACUUGGUACCGCAUGUGUUGAUAUCGUAAAAAAUGCUGGUUCCUGUUUGACAAAUCCUGGUGAUACUUAUAGUCAACGAGAAUUGACUGACAGUGCUCGAAAUGUUUCCGAAAAAUGUUCCUAUGUUUUGGCCGCAUUUCAAGCCGGAUCACGUGGAACUCAGGCUUGUAUUAUGGCGGCAAAUUCAGUACAAGGAAUUAUUGGCGAUAUUGAUACAACGAUUUUGUUUGCCAAUUCUGGUGCCCUGAAUCCAGAAGAUCCAAAUGAUUCUUUUGGUAUUUAUAAGGAUGAAAUUCUCAAAACGGCCAAAGCUUUGGUUGAAGACACCAAAACAUUGGUGGCUGGUGCCGCUUCCAGUCAGGAAGCAUUAGCUGUUGCUGCUCAAAAUGCCGUUACUACGAUCACACAAUUGACAACCGCUGUUAAACAAGGUGCCGCCACAUUAGGAUCGAAUAAUUCGGAAGCUCAAGUAAUGUUGUUGAAUUCUGUCAAAGAUGUUGCCAUUGCAUUGAACGAAUUGAUUGAUGCAACCAAAACGGCUUCUGGUAAAAAUAUUAACGAUCCUGCAAUGAUGCAUCUGAAAGAUUCAGCCAAAGUUAUGGUAACAAAUGUAACAUCAUUAUUGAAAACAGUGAAAACUGUUGAAGAUGAACAACAAAGAGGAACACGUGCUUUGGAAGCAACCAUCGAUGGAAUUGAAGGCGAAAUUCGUAGUUAUGAAAGUGGUAGCAUGUAUAUUAAUCAAGAUGUUACGCCAGAACAUUUGAUUCGUGCAACAAAACCUGUAACGAUGGCUACAGCGAAAGCUGUUGCUGCUGGUACUAGUGGACAACAAGAUGAUAUUAUUGUCGUCGCCAAUAUGGGUAGAAAAGCUAUACACGAUCUAUUGCAGGUGUGCAAGUCAGCUGCUUUGUUGGCCGAUAAUCAAGAACUUAAAAUGAGAAUAAUUGAUGCUGGAAAGAAAUGUUCACAAGACUAUCAAGAAUUGUUGAAAAUUAUCUUUCCUAUUCUACAACGUCCAACCAAUGUCAAUGAUGUUAAACAGCAAUUAUAUCAGAUGUCACGAACAAUAGCCGCUUCAGUUACAGAGAUUGUAUCGUUAGCAGAAAUGUUGAAAGGCGUUGAUUGGGUUGAUCCUGAAGAUCCAACCGUUAUUGCUGAAAAUGAAUUAUUGGGCGCUGCCUCAUCGAUCGAUCUGGCAGCAAAAAAACUUGCCAAUCUACAACCUCGAAUAAAUAGUAUUAAGUUGCCCGAUGAAGACAUGAACUUUGAUGAAAUCAUUUUGGAAGCAGCCAAAUCUAUUACACAGGCAACGGCUAUGCUUAUUCGAGCUGCAUCAAAUGCUCAAAAAGAAUUGGUGGCCACUGGUAAAGUUGAUGCUCAUGGUGUACAUCAAUUUUCUGAUGACAGCCAAUGGUCAGAGGGUCUUAUUUCGGCUGCUCGACACGUGGCUGCUGCUACGCAUAGUUUAGUUGAAGCUGCCAAUGCUUUAGUGUUAGGUCAAGCAUCUGAAGAGAAAUUGAUUUCCGCUGCCAAACAAGUAGCCAGUUCAACGGCUCAAUUAUUAGUCGCUUGUAAAGUUAAAGCUGAUCCAGAAUCACAAGCAAUGAAACGUUUACAGACGGCCGGAAAUGCUGUGAAAAAAGCAACGGACAAUUUGGUUCGUGCUGCACAACAGGCCAUCGAACAAGAAGAGGAACAAAAUUUAAUCAUAAGUAAACGUCGUGUACAGGGAAUCACACAGGAGAUUGUUGCCCGUGAAGAAAUAUUGAAAAAAGAACGAGAAUUAGUUGAAGCAAGAGAAAAAUUGGCUGCCAUUAAUCGUGCCAAAUAUGGUAAUAGACCACCGGAUGAAAAAGAUUAUGGUUUUACAUCAGUACAGCAAUAUAAUAAUACCUAUUAUCAACAAGAUCAAACAACAUUCAAUAAUAACCAUCAUCAUCAUCCACAUUAUCAUCAAGGAAAUUUUAAUCAAUAAUUCAAUACAAAAAAAAAUUACACAUUAUCAAGAAUCGGCCUUCAUUUUGUUAUACUUGACAUAUUGUUAUAUUGCCAUAUUUUGUUGCCUGUUUCUCGUCGAUGAUAGUCAUUCAUUCAUUCAUACAUUCAUUCAUAAUCAUAAUCAUCAUCAUUCUCUUGA